CGCGGGUGAGUGACGGCGCCCGGCUGCCGCUUCCGGGGCCGUGCGGGGCCGCCGGGCGGGAGGAAAGGAAACGACAGGAGAGGAGGGAGGAUGAGCGGCGCGCGGCGCAGGGAGGAGCCGCCGCACGCGCAGCAGCACGCGUUGGCCAACGGCGGCGGGGCCGGGCCGCGCGGCUCCGUGUGGAGCAAAGCGCUGCGCAGCGACUCCGCCUGGCACGACAAGGACGAGUUCUUAGAUGUCAUCUACUGGUUCCGGCAGAUCAUCGCGGUUAUUCUGGGAGUCAUCUGGGGGGUGGUCCCUCUGAAGGGAUUCGUGGGGAUCGCAAUAUUCUGCCUGAUCAAUGCUGGUGUUCUGUACCUCUACUUCAGUAGCUUCCAACAGAUAGAUGAGGAGGAGUAUGGGGGCACGUGGGAGCUAACAAAGGAAGGAUUCAUGACAUCUUUUGCACUGUUUCUGGUUGUUUGGAUAAUCUUCUAUACUGCCAUCCACUAUGAUUGACACGGUCUGCAGCUUUUGCCUGUUAAAUCAGUUGUCAGUAAAUCAGGAAGGUUUUAAUAAAUCAUCACCUUUAGCAGACUGGUGGGAAGGCUGGGGAAGUCCAAUCAAGUUCCUUCUGAUCAGCAUGGAAGAGCCCCACGCCUUCUGCUGGAGCAGCCAGUCUGACUCCGUUUUAUAUACCCGUUAAUUAUUGGAACUAUCAAAAGCCAUUGGAAUUCGUGGAAGUGGUUCAAGACUGUUCAGAUCUUCGACUUUCUGCGACUCUAGCCAGUAAUUGUGUCAAACUCCUGUAUGCUGAAGAUGGAAUCCGUUAAUUUAAUGUAUGUGUGCCCUGUAUCUGGAAUCUCUCAUUACAUUCUCACGUGUCUUCCACUGUUGUCCUUUAUACAGACAGGUUUUUAAAAAGAGAUUGCAAGGUUGGUGAAGGAAGGCCCUGCAGCACCAGAAUAUGAGUUCAGUGGCUGCCCUCAGCAUUUUUGGUAGUAAUCAGAUCUGAAUUGAUUAAACAGACUGUGUUGGUACAAUUUCUCAUAGUUUGUUUUACUUGCUAAUCAUUUGUUCACUGGAAUCUUCAAAUAGUCCUUGCCGAAGACAAAUUUCUAAACAACUUUGCUAGAAAGAGCUGUGAUUAAUUUUGUUAACAAAUGUUUAACUUAAAACAUGUUCCGGAGGCUUGGAAACACCGCUGCGUUUUGCUGGCCUGAUUAUGGAAUUGCCAACACUUACCUCAGAGCUCAGUGGUCUCGAGGAACCGUCAUUGUGCAGGUGCACUUGGAAUGGUAGGCAUUUGAAUCCUUUUUCACUUGUCCUUAAAAGCUUUUUUUAAUUUCAGCCAGCUUCAGAUGUUCCUUGUUAAUAACUGCAGGAGACCAACACAAUCGAGGCAGCUAACAUCUUACGUGUAUAACUACUGAUGGGCGAAUCAGGCAGAUCCAGAGAAGCACAUGGCCUCUGGUUUGCAAGGUGCUCUCUGAGUUGGUCACACCACAGCUCAGUUCCUUCCUACUCAUGCCCUUUUUAUGCUUUGGUGAGGAGUCUCUGCUUUAAAAGUGUUUUUAAGGACUGUAUUUCACAAGUAGUGACUGAGAAAUGCACAGUCCUUGUUUUUGCCUGAGGACUUAGCAGCCUAGCUGCCAUGUGGUUCUUGCUUCUGUAAACCACAGCCCGUUUAUCCAACAGGAAUCCUGACCUAAAGCUGCCUUGUAGUGAGGAGCUGAUGGUUUUGGCAUGCCCUUGGUGGAAGUCUGGGUUGCUUUCUUGGUGGAAAUGAGCAUGCAAAGCUGGGAAUUUGAUUCUCCAGCUGCUGAGCUGGGGCUCCAGCACUGACCCACCUGUGCAGGUGGCUUUCCUUUACCAGGGAGAAUGCUGGCUGCUCUUGGAGGAGAAAAACACCCCUGGGUAACUUAUGUCCUUGGGCUGCCGAGGGAACAGUGCAAUAGCAGGCAGCUUCUGCUACAUGUGAGUUGCCAAAUUAGGUAAACGAUCUCAAACGAGCUACAUUUGCUCCUCCCCAUCCCUGAACUUGAUCAACCUUUUAGUCUGAUGCCUUUUUUUAUUUCCCUCUUAAUUCAGCUGAAAGCAUUAAUUUCCAGUGAUGAUUACAUAGCCUGCCAAUUCUUAGUCACUCUUCGCUACUGGCAUCUGCAGCCAUGGGGGAAUCGCUGUAUACUUGAAGUGCUCUAAUAAAUGUCACCUGGAUAACCCGCUGUGCAGCUUCUGUAUCCUCUGGUCUUGUUUUGCAGAAUAUUGGGAAGCUGAGAUUCCUUCAAGAGUCUGAAUUUUAGUAAAUAUCUUAGCCAGCAACUCUCUGGGUUUCUUAGGUCUCUUGUGUUGCACGCUCGACUGCUGUGCUUUCAGGAGACAGAAGCAUUUGUAGUGGAAGUGGUAGCCAAUGCUCACAUCCAGGCUGUAAGA